AUGGGAGCCUCUUCGAGUAAGCCUGCCAAUAUGGAGGUCGAGCCCGACGAUACCCGCGAGAAUAGAGCAAUCAAGCAUCUCCAACAACUGUGCGCGCAGUUCAUCACCGGCGCAUGCACCCAGCCGGGAUGCCGCGAACCCCUCGUGUCUGAUCCCGAGACACAUUACGCAAGAUGGUCAGCUGGAGCACAGGAGAUUCCACCCCGCACCCAACUUUCCGUAAUGGUUUGUGCAAAUGGUCACUUGGUUUGCGUUGGCUGUGGAAAGGAACCCACCAUCGACCCGAACAAACACCACUUCACGACCUUGGGGGUCAUCAACCAUUGCUGCGAUGCUGGUAGAAUCUCUACCGUCUACUUCCUCCUGGCUCGAUUUGAUGAGGCUCACGUGCGAUGGGCCGAGCAAAAUCGAGAAAAGGCUGCCAAAAACGCCAAAUCGAGAAAGUCAGCGAAGAAGGCUCUCGGACAUGGAAAGAAGGCUCUCGUCGCUGGAGUAGGAUAUGGCAUGGACUCCGGAAUGAACGGCUUCGGAAAUUUUGAAUAUGAUACUGAUGAAGAAGGUUACGAGGUUGAGUAUUUCCCCCAUCAUCGCCCUCUCCGACGAGACAAUAAGGAAGACGAGCGAGAGGAAGAGCAGAUGGAGAAAGAUAUUCUAAUGAGCGACACGGUCAAACUCCUCAUUGCUUGUCUGCCUGAUUUCUCGUCCGACGCCUCCGCAGAGCUUAACAUGUUCCGAUUGAGCACCCUAUUUGACAAGCUUACAGAGAUGAUUCGAAACGAUUCGAUCGUAGAUAUCACGGAGAGAUUCGACGUCUACAACUCGAUUACAGCAUUCAUUGAGAAGAUUGCACGCCACGAUGAACUAGUCCAACUCCUUUCCGAGGAGCGACCAAUCAUUGUAGAUCACCCCGGAAUCAAAUCCCUAGCUUUUACACCGGCGAACUCGACUUACAGUUCUCCAAAGACUUAUUGUUCUGCCCCAUUCGUCGGUAGUUACGGUAAUACGUUCCUUCAGGCCAAGACUUUUCUCAGUAUGACCCAAAAGACUAAAGCCAAGUCCGACACUCCUGCCACCUUCAAGAAUACCGAGCUUCUGCUGUCGAACAUGGUAGCCUGCUUCCAGAUGCUUGAUAGAACAGUCAAAAAGCCAGACCCUGCCCCUCAAAAGGAUCCCGAGGUCGAGGCAAUCUGGUCCCGAUUCGCAGAGGAGAAUAGACUUACUUUUACGGAUGAGGUCUUGUGCAAUCACCGAAAUGAGAUCGAGUUCAACACCGUCCAAUCCUCAAACAGAGGCAGAUUGAACACAAUCAGCAAGGAGAUCGCUACUAUGAAGACUUCGUUGCCGCCUGGAGUGUUUCUCAAAGUAGCCGAGUCCCGGUCAGAUGUCAUGAAGGUUCUUAUGAUUGGUUCGGAGGGAUCACCCUAUGCUGGAGGACUGUUCACUUUUGAUAUCUUCCUGGACUCAAAUUAUCCGCAACGGCCACCAAGAAUGACAUUCGUGAUGAAGGGCAACGAUGACGACGGUGAAUCAUUCAACCCAAAUCUCCACCUUGGAACUGGCACCGUUUGCUUGUCUCUUCUCAAUACUUGGCCUGGUCAUCCCUCCGAAGCUUGGCAGCCUGGUCGAAGCACAAUUCUCUCCGUCUUGGUCAGCGUUCAAGCCAUGAUUCUCGGUGCACCCCUGCCUUGGGAAAACGAGCCAGGACAUGAAGGCAGUGGCCCAACACCCACGGUCUUAUCGCACAAGUCCCGCGUGCAGUCUCGAACAAUCAGAUUCGCCAUGAUCGCAUGGCUUGAGAACAAGUUCGAAACUUCCCACGAACACGUCUGGAAGGAAAUCAGUCAGACUUACUGGAAACACAAUGGAACAAAAGUGCUGCAAUACGUGAAGGAGUGGGUUAAGGAGACUCCGGGGCUACUCUGCUAUGGGCAGACCGAUUACUGGGCUCGUAUGCGUCAUCUGAAAGUGGAAGCUGCCCCAUCUCCACCCACGUGCAAUUUGGUCGAGAAGCUUUCAACCCUACUGGGAAUCGAAUACAAGGCAACCGAAUUUGAGGCGCAAAUGCGUUCGGCUUUGGCCCAAACCAAGCGCAAGGGCAAGGCACCGGGCGGCUCUGCGAAGAAGAUGAAACUUGAGUCCAAGAACGCUGGAUCUAUCUCUGUCGCUGCCAAAAAGUGGGUUUACACAGGCCAAACAACACAGAAGGUGGUCAAAAAAGCUUGCAAGGACUUUGGCAUCGGUUUCAAGGGCACGAUCGCAGCAAGUGUUGAGCGACUAGAGGCUCAUGUGAAUGAGGACCUAGAGAACAAGGACGCGAAGCUUGUUCUGGAAUGGGGCGAGAAGCAAGCCAAUCCAUCCGCGGCAGGUCAUCAAACGGCUUCUCAACCAUACGGCUGGAUUAACGAGGAAGGACAGCUAUUGACCGACGAAGAGGUCACUGAUUGGGCCCAGAAGCAAAAAUCAAGUCCUGCAGUUCCGGGAGUGCAGAAGAUUACAAUUCCUGCAGGGCUGAAGUCGAUUGCCUUGGCGAAGGCUGAAGACAUCAUGGCGUUCAUGAAACACACAGGUCAGACCUUUGUCCCUGCACCAACGGGGUGGGCUCACCUCGCUGUGGCAAUUGCAGUCCCUAUUCACGCUAGCCAACAGGGACUGGUCAUACCCAUCAUCCCUGGAGCACCGAUCCUAUACAACGCUAAUAUUACCCCGACGCCUGCUACUACUUCUGCUACCGGCAUUGCUCCUCCUGCUGUCGCACCACCACUCAAGAUAAUGAAUUCCAUCUGGUCGAGCGAGAGUGCAACCGAGGAAGAUUACUACUCAGACAGUGACGAUUGCGGAACAGAAGAGCUCGAAUGA